CGGCUAACAGUUGCUUAGCUAGUAAACGAAUACUAGUGCCGUGUAUGGCAAUCUGAUUUAGCGUGACACGUGAAGUCGACAUGUAUGAAGGAUAUAAAUCCAUAUAACAAGCCAUUGGCUGUAUCGGUGUCUAGUCAUUCACGUUUACAUCAGACUGCUGCCUAAAAGCUUGGUUUCUCAAGGGAAUAACCUAUUAACAGCUAACAGUAACAGCUUCGUAGCUAGCUAAAGGUUGGAAAUUCAGCAUGUAGGCUAGCUAAAUCCACGAUCUGUCGCGUGUCUUCUGAAAACAGUGAAGUAACGAUCUUUUAACAAACAAGUUACAGACGACUAAACGAUGGCAGUCGUUAUCUAGCGUAAGGUAGCUAGGGAAUAAGUAAUAGCUACUGCUUCCAAGUGGACAAGCGACAAGUCUAACGCAUUUUGCUGGUGCGUGGCCGAGAUGACUACCUCGAUGAUAGUUCCUGUCAUCGAUGUACAGGGCAAUAAUUUCAAGGAGCUGUGGCCAGCAAUGCUGUUGGCGAUUAAAACGUCCUCUUUCAUUGCAGUUGAUACAGAGUUGAGUGGGUUGGGAAGCAGAAAGGCCUUACUGGCCGAAUCAAUCGAAGAUAGAUACAAAGCCAUAUGCCAUGCGGCUCGCACGCGCUCUGUGCUGUCUUUGGGAAUUGCGUGUUACAAAAAACUCGAGAACAAAGCAGAUGAUACCUACCUGGUGCAGGUGUACAACCUUACUCUGCUCUGUGUAGAAGAGUACAUUAUCGAGCCCCAGUCCGUGCAGUUUCUGGUUCAGCACGGAUUCGACUUCAACAAACAGUACGCCCAGGGCAUCCCUUACUACAAGGGCAAUGACAAGGGCGGGGACGUCCACGGGCAGAACGUGCGCACGCUGUUCGUGGAGCUGCUCCGCGCGCGCCGCCCGCUGGUGGUGCACAACGGCCUGAUCGACAUGGUCUUCCUGUACCAGUGCUUCUACGCCCACCUGCCGGAGCGGCUGGGCACCUUCACCGCCGACCUGUCCGAGAUGUUCCCCGCCGGCGUCUUCGACACCAAGUACGCCGCCGAGUACGAGCUGCGCUUCGCCGCCUCGUACCUGGAGUACGCCUACAAGAAGUGCAAGCUGGACAACUGUAAGCUGGUGAAUGCUGGGGGGAGCAGCCCCAACCUGUUCCUGGAGUUCUGCAGUUACUCGGGGCAUCUGUGCAGCUACGUGGACUACCGGCCCUGCUCGCAGGAGUCCAGCCAGGACGGGCCGCAGGACGUCUGCCUGCGCUUCUCCGCCUACGGCUGGUGCCCCAGCGGAUCCAGCUGUCCCAUGUCCCACAACACAGACCUCAUCAUUCAGCAGGAUGAGAAGACCAAGGAGAACAAGAGGAGGAAGAGGAAAAAGAGGAAGCACAAGGCCAAUCAGGAGGCGGGGGGCGGGGAGGGAGGCUGCCUCUCCCCGAACAAGAAGCCAUGUCUGGAGGAGGGGUCCUCUGAGCACAAAGAAGGGGAACUGGCCAUGGAGACGCUGCCUGCCAAAGAAGGGGAACUGGCCACGGGGACGUCCCCUCCCACUGAGCCGGAACCAAUGAACGACCAGCCCCAGGUGGAGGAGGAGCCUCAGACCGACGCGCACGUGUUGACCGACGAGGGAAACGGUGGGAACGGGGUCUGCGAGCCUCAGCCCCCGCCAGCAGAGGGCGCUCCCGAGAGCCAGCCGCCCGGCGGGAAGACGGCGGCCCAAGCCAAGAAGGCCGAGGGCGGCACUCACCGGGCGGGAUUCGACGCCUUCAUGACCGGGUACAUCUUCUCCUUCGCCUGCACCCUGAAGCGCAGCCCAGACGAGCCGAGCUCAGAGAGCCUCCUCCCCGAGUGCCUGAACAAGCUCUACCUCAGCGGAAAGUCCGUCCCCCUGCACAUCGCCAAGAGCACCUUCUCCAAGUCCUCCAAAGCCCACACCCACAAGAUGGAGGUCGUGUGGGGGAAGAGCUGAUCUGGCUGUUCGGUGGUGAAACUUUCCGUUCGGUUUAACCACAUACAUCCCGUGUUGGCAGACCUGGGUCAAAUACUUUUCUGUGCUCUGUUGAUCUUGCCUGGUGUAAUUGAGCCCGCCAGUAUGACCAGAAGGUAGGAUUUGCACUUUUUGAGAGUAUUUCAUUGGUUCUAAUACCCCAGACGAGAUCAGUACAGCGUAGAAAAGUAUUUGAAUCCAAAAUGCGUAUUUGACCCAGGUCUACGUGUUGGACACUGAUCCUGUUUUGUAAAGGAUACUUAAGCGUUUCAUUUCCAGGUCAGUGGUAAAUAUAUUUUUAAUAGAAUUUGGUUGAAAAGGCGUUUUAUACAAAAGAUUAACAAAAAACUGGUUGGUGAACGAAUUAAACACCUUUUUCUUUA